UUAUUCUAACGCACAGGACUUCGAGUUUGUGUUUUCCUGUAUCCUUGCCUUUGGCUGUUCCUGAGAAUUUAUCCAACUUAGACCACAGUUUGGCACACUUAGGGCAAUUAAAAUCAGUGGGCUUUAGAACACCAACCUCUCAUUGGAGUGUGGCAAAGGGAUUUCUUUUACAAAUCAUGGCUCAGUGGAUUAUACAGAAUUCAAAAUACAGAAUCGUAGAAUUUUAUCCUUUGAAUUAUAAAGGUGCUUUUCUAGAAAACUUGCAAAAAUGAUGUUGACAUGGUUUAAAAUAUAAGCUAUAACACUUCUGGCUUCUGCAAUCCAAAUAUUGUACCAUGAGUUUAUAUACUUUGAUUACAGAGAAAAUGAAGUUUGGUGAAAGGAGCUUAAUUCAGUGAAGUAAGCAGUAAUAUCCAUAGUUUUAUUUUUGUUCCCUGUUAGAGCAAUAAUGACAUUUCACAGCAUGAAAAUGGAAGAAAUAAACAAGAUAAUCCGUGACCUUUGGCGAACUACCUACAGGGGACAAGAUAUUGAAUACAUAGAAAUUCGGUCUGAUGCAGAUGAGAAUGUUUGUGCUUCUGACAAGAGGAGAAGUUACAAUUAUAGAGUAGUAAUGAUAAAAGGAGACACUGCUCUAGAUAUGAGGGGCAGAUGCAGUGCUGGCCAAAAGGUUCUUGCUUCCCUCAUUAUCCGUCUUGCUCUAGCAGAAUCUUUUUGUCUCAACUGUGGCAUUCUUGCACUAGAUGAGCCCACCACCAAUCUUGAUCGAGAGAAUAUUGAAUCUCUGGCACAUGCCUUGGUGGAGAUAAUUAAAAGUAGAUCCCAGCAACGUAAUUUUCAACUGCUUGUAAUAACACAUGAUGAAGAUUUUGUGGAACUCCUGAGUCGGUCUGAAUAUGUGGAGAAAUUCUACAGAAUUAAGAAGAACAUUGACCAGUGUUCUGAGAUUGUGAAAUGUAAUGUCACAUCUUUAGGAUCCUAUGUUCAUUAGAACUUUGAAACAAUUUUACAUUAUAACAUUGUUCAAAAGCAUAGAAUGAAAAUUAAUACUGAUCUUUGGAUAAAGUUACUAUGAAUUAGAGCUAUACUUAAUUUCUUUAGAGUACACUCAUUGAAAUAAGUGGAACUUAAGUUGUACCAAGAUCACAACUAGCUUAAAGUUCUUUGAUUUAGGACCCUCUAAUAUGACUGUUUUGAUAUGGUGUUUUUGCUGAAAAAAUAUGUAUCUUGCUGAUUGGUACAGAACAGUUUCUUUUUUAAAGCAGGAAAAGGAAAGAAAUAAAAUAAAACUCUGCACACAGAAA